GGAGAUUCAAAAGGCAAAAUACUCAAAGAGAGCAAAACCAAAAGAAAACAACAUUCAAAUAUUGUUGUCUACAAAAAAGAAACGAAUCAUCAAAACAUGUCGAGAGUGAGAUCUGAGCCGAUGAAGGUUGUCUUCAUCAACACACAGUACGUCCAGACAGAUGCUCGGAGCUUCAAGACCGUUGUUCAAGAACUCACCGGUAAAAACGCCAUCGUGGCCGACGGUCCUUUCGAGUUCUCCGGCCAAGGGUACGGUAGCAAAGACUCAUCACCAAGAGAAGCCGAAGGAGGUGUAGAGACGACGGAGUUCGAUAGCUUUUUCAGAGAGAUGCCGCCGGUCGGCGAAUUGUAUAAUCUAUGGUCAGAAAAUUGAGUAUUAUUAAUUGUCACGGCCCAUUGGGCCUAUGUCAAAGCCGUAAUCCUUCUUGUCUUGUAUAUAAUGAAAUGUUCUGCGUUUUUUUUUCUC